AUGGACACAUAUGGUCCUUCUCCUUAUCUAUGGGCAGCUCUUGUAGUAACUGCAUCCAUUCUUUUCCUCUCUGUCACCUUUUUUACGGUGAAACGUCCUCAAGCCUCUAAAGCCGCUUCAACUGUCCCCAUGUCCACUGUGCCACCACCUGCACCAGGCAAUGUUAGCGUUUCAAAAAUAUUCAUUCACCCUAUCAAGAGCUGCAGGGGGAUUAGUGUCCAAAGCGCGAGAUAUACUCCGGAGGGUAUGGAGAACGAUAGAAAGUGGUCCAUCAUCGACGCAGAGAAGGUGGCCAUCAUGACCGCCAGAGAGUUUCCAAAGAUGGUCCUGAUAACCCCUCAAAUUGAAGUGGAUACUUCUUCGCCUCACAGUGGACUCCUCAAAGUUUCCUUCCCAAAAGGCUCAGGGUGUGAAUCGUUUUCCAUUCCGUUACAGCCUACGGAUUCGAUUCUUCAAAGUUGGAAGAUUUUGCGUGACGUAACCAUAUGGCCAACGCAUGACAAGGUUGAUGGCUACAUCUGUGAAUCCUUGUCCAGUGAUACCCCUUCCCCGUCGUCGAUACUGUCAAAAUAUUUUGGAAAACCGGUCCAUCUGAUUUACAAAGGACCUCGCCCACGGCCGAUCGACCCCACUACAAGCUUCCCGGACCUGAAAGCGACGGCGAUUUACCAAGACAUGUAUCCUUUGCUGGUACUCUCGGAAGAAAGCACCACUUUGCUUGAACAAGAGCUCCGCGGUCAUGUCGGAACACAGGGCAUCCACGAACGAUGGAAAACAGACCCCGUUCCAAUCGAGAGAUUUAGGCCAAAUAUUAUUUUUAGAGGUGGUGGGGCGUUCUCUGAGGAUCAAUGGGAGGAGAUUUCGAUUGGAUCCAAAGGCGCUCCGACCAUUACGCUAGUUUCCAAAUGCACCAGAUGCUUGUUACCCAAUGUUAGCCCAGAGACAGGAGAGCGUGAUAAUGCUGUCCCGUACAAGGUCUUGAUGAAAUUUAGGACUGGAAUAGAUCCAGCGCAGAAAAUGAAACCGUGCGUUGGCUGCAAUGGCGUCCCAGCAUCGGAUGGGGUGGUGAAAAUUGGUGACUGGGUUUAUGUGAAAAAGAUGAUAUGA